AUGUACGAAAGUCCAACCGUGUGGGUUCCAGAUGGAAUUAUUGCCUCAAGAGAUGUUUUCAAUAAUAUUAAUCCAAUCAAAGAUCAAGCGAGUGAAGUAUUCAACAAGUUUGAUCAAGAUAAAGAUGGUUUAUUGAACAAGAAAGAAUUUAAACGUGCAUUGAAAUCGUUUGGUAUCCGAAAAAAGCAAGCCAAAGUAAUACGAAAGUUAUGGGAUAUUGAAGAUACUGGUAAAAUCAACACGGAAACGUUUGUGAGAGUGUAUUGUUUUGUUCGUUCUGGACAACUGUAUACAAGAAAGCUGGAUAAGUACGAAGAACUGGAAAACACAAAACCCAUGACCAUCAUUUAA